CACAUCUUCCAGUAAACUGUGGAGCCGGUGAAGCGGAUGGAUUUCUACUUGCAUCAUCAUAACCUCUCUUCGCCUUCUGCUUCGCCUUCUUCGCCUUCUAGGGUUUGUAAUUGCAGCACUCUUAUUGGACUUUCAUUGGUAAACAGGAUAAAGAUGGAAUUGAGGAAACGGAGUGACUUCUGAGGUUUUAUUUUUGUUGGAACAGAGGAAUCCUCUAACCUACUCACCAGUUACAGAUAGCCACCCUUUUACUCCAGAAGAUUGUAACAAAACUGGAAAAUCAAAGCCAUUCACAUCCACUUUCUUGGACUCUAAUUGCUUCGCAUUGAAAAUCAUUAAACCGGGGUAAGCAUUAUUUUUGUCAAUCCAAAACCCUAACAUUUGAGAUGGAAAAGUCUAGAUCUAAGAGAAACUACUACUAUGACCACCAAGACUAUGAUUCCGAGGCGAUGGGUAGAACCAGACCUCGUUACAACAAUCACUACGCCAAUAAUAACUAUCGUCACCGUGGGAGUGCUGUUCGACCGACUAAACCUCAAGACCAAUCUCUUAUGGUCACCACGACUUACAGGAUACUCUGUCAUGAUGCCAAGGCCGGGGGAGUUAUUGGCAAAUCUGGUAGUAUCAUUAAGUCCAUAAGGCAGCACACCGGCGCGUGGAUCAACGUGCAUGAGCUUGUUCCCGGCGAUGAGGAGAGAAUAAUUGAGAUAUCGGACACUCGGCGGCGGGACCCGGAAGGCCGGAUGCCGUCAUUCUCUCCGGCGCAAGAAGCGCUUUUCUUGAUUCAUGAAAGGAUUCUCGAGAGUGAGAUGAGUCCUGGGUUCAAUGGAAUGGGCUAUGGUCCUGAGGAUGAGGAGGAUGACUACGGCGGCGUUAGAGGAGGAGCUGGUGGCGGUAGUAGCCGUGUUGCAACAAGGCUUGUCGUGUCUAGAAUGCACGUAGGUUGUUUGCUUGGCAAGGGAGGAAAGAUAAUCGAACAAAUGAGGAUGGAAACCAAGACCCAGAUAAGGAUUCUUCCCAGAGAUCACAAUUUGCCUCGUUGCAUUUCAAUGUCGGAGGAGAUUGUCCAGAUUGUUGGAGAAGCAAAUGCUGUAAAGAAAGCUGUAGCUAUCGUUUCAUCACGCUUGAGAGAGAGUCAGCAUCGCAACCGUAGUCAUUUCCAUGGGCGUCUACAUUCACCAGAACGUAUUUUACCUCCUGAUGAUGAUUAUGUUCCACCUAUUGCCCGACGAUUAUCGAUGGAUGGACGACCAUUCAGACCACGCAUAUCUAAUACAAGAGGCAAUGACUAUUCCAACCGUCAAUCUAAUUUUUUGGUGGAGCCUGGAGCUGCUUCUGUUAACGACAAUAUGAUGCCCUUUUAUGGUGAGGACCUUGUAUUUAGAAUAUUAUGCCCAAUCGAUAAGGUUGAUAGUGUUAUUGGAGACUCUGAUGGAAUCAUAGAAUUACUUCGGGAUGAAGUUGGUGUGGAUAUCAAAGUUUCUGAUCCUGUGACGGGUUCGAACGAACAGAUUCUAAUAAUUUCUUCGGAUGAGGGUCCAGAUGAUGAGCUUUUUCCAGCACAGGAAGCUUUGUUACACAUCCAAACUCGCAUUGUUGAUCUUGUUCCUGAUAAAGAUAACAUCGUAACUACAAGGUUACUUGUACCAUCAAGUGAUAUUGGAUGUUUGGAGGGAAGAGAUGGAUCAUUGUUAGAGAUGAAGAGACUAACCGGUGCAAAUGUACAUAUUGUGCCACGAGAAGAACUUCCCAUGUUUGUAUCAGGGGCUGACGAGCUCGUACAGAUCAUAGGAGACAUAAAAGCAGCUCGAGAUGCAGUUGUUGAGUUAACAUCUAGAUUACGAAAUUAUCUUUACAAGGAACCAUUCCAGAAAGAUGCAAGUCCUCCAGUCUCAUUACCAAGCACCAUGGGCAGUUUAGGACUCGAGGAAUCAUCUUCAAAUAAUAAUGCUGCAGCUCGUGAAGUUCAUAGUGGAAAUGAUUCUUCAAUCACAGCCUAUCAAAAUGUGCAACCUUUUGGAACACCACAGCUUCUAAAGGAAAAUGGAGGGUCGAGCAAUGAAACUGGUACGCAGAAUGAAAAUGACCGACGUGAAGAUUUGCCUAGUGGGUUAAAUAGAAUCCCUGUGCCGCUUGUCACUCGGAGUACACUUGAAGUUGUGAUACCAGAGGCUGCAGUUCCCAAGCUUAUAACAAAGUCAAAAAACAAGCUUGCUCAGAUCAGUGAGUUAUCCGGAGCCAAUGUUACACUGGUAGAAGAUAGACCAGAUGAAACCCAGAAGAUAAUCCAAAUAUCAGGCACACCAGAGCAGGCCGAGAGAGCCCAGAGCUUGCUGCAAGGCUUUAUUUUGAGCAUGCAAGAAGAUGGGCCAUAAGUUGUGGCCAUUUGGUUUUACACUAAACUCUAGUUGCCCAUAAAAAGCAUUAUUGCCCGCCCCAUCAAGAUCGACUGUAGUACCGUGGAAGAGCCAUGGAGGAAGAGGAAGCCACAUUAACCAUUGCCAUGUAAAUUUGGAAUGUACAACAGUUUUCAUUCCUUUUGUUGUUUCACAAAUAUUUACGUUUGUAGGAAGCAAGUUCGGUAUCACUAUCUCCAUGGCUAUUGAAAUCAAUAUUAAGCAUCUAUUAGUUUUUGGUAAA